GGCGCGCGGCCCCGGCGGCUCCCGUCUGAGGCGGCGGACGAGGCUCGGCGGGGAGGAGGUGGCGACGCAGGCGGAGGAGGCGGCGGCCGCCGGGGACCCGCUCGGCGCCUCGGCCCCGCGCCCCCUUCCUCAGCCCCUGGUCGCUCGCGCUCGGCGGGCCGGCGCCUCGCCUCUGCGCGCGGAGAUGGUGUAGCCCGGCCGCCGGAGCCGGAGCCGCCUCUGCUCGCGCGUGCCCGCGGCGUCCGCCUCUCCGCCUGAGAAGAGACCCUCCGCUCGGCGGCUCCCGCGCCGGGGAAGCCUCGGCGCCGCCGGCACCAUGAGUGAACAGAGUAUCUGUCAGGCAAGAGCUGCUGUGAUGGUUUAUGAUGAUGCCAAUAAGAAGUGGGUGCCAGCUGGUGGCUCAACUGGUUUCAGCAGAGUACAUAUAUAUCACCAUACAGGCAACAACACAUUCAGAGUGGUGGGCAGAAAGAUUCAAGACCAUCAGGUUGUGAUAAACUGUGCCAUUCCUAAAGGGCUGAAGUACAAUCAAGCUACACAGACUUUCCACCAAUGGCGGGAUGCUAGACAGGUGUAUGGUCUCAACUUUGGCAGCAAAGAGGAUGCCAAUGUCUUCGCAAGUGCCAUGAUGCAUGCCUUAGAAGUGUUAAAUUCACAGGAAGCAGGGCCAACAUUGCCUAGACAAAACUCACAGCUACCUGCUCAAGUUCAAAAUGGCCCAUCCCAAGAAGAGUUGGAAAUCCAGAGAAGGCAACUGCAAGAACAGCAGCGACAGAAGGAGCUGGAGAGGGAAAGAAUGGAGAGGGAAAGGUUAGAGAGAGAACGACUAGAACGAGAGAGGCUAGAGAGGGAGCGCCUGGAACAAGAGCAGCUGGAGCGACAGCGGCAGGAAAGAGAACAUGUAGAGCGCCUGGAACGGGAGAGGCUGGAGCGCCUGGAGAGAGAGAGGCAAGACCGAGAGCGAGAGCGCCUGGAGCAGCUGGAGCGUGAGCAAGUGGAGUGGGAGCGAGAGCGCAGAAUGUCCAAUGCUGCUCCAUCUUCAGACAGCUCCCUGUAUAAUGCACCACUUCCUGAGUAUGCCAGUUGCCAGCCUCCUUCAGCACCUCCUCCAUCAUAUGCUAAAGUCAUCUCAGCUCCGGUGUCAGACGCCACUCCUGAUUAUGCUGUAGUGACUGCUUUGCCACCUACUUCCACACCCCCUACACCACCACUGCGACACUCUGCGACACGUUUUGCAACAUCUCUAGGUUCAGCCUUCCACCCUGUUCUUCCCCAUUAUGCUACAGUUCCUCGUCCUCUGAACAAAAACUCUCGACCUUCUUCUCCUGUGAACACACCCUCUUCUCAGCCUCCAGCUGCGAAGUCCUGUGCCUGGCCUCCUUCCACUUUCUCACCCCUCCCUCCGUCUCCUCCAAUUAUGAUUAGCAGCCCCCCUGGCAAAGCUACUGGCCCACGGCCUGUCCUUCCUGUUUGUGUCUCCUCUCCUGUGCCCCAAAUGCCUCCAUCACCAACAGCACCCAAUGGGUUGCUAGACUCUGUAACAUACCCAGUGUCUCCACCGCCUACCUCAGGGCCAGCAGCGCCGCCUCCUCCUCCACCGCCGCCGCCGCCACCACCACCACCGCCGCCGCCACCGCCACCGCCGCCGCUGCCACCCCUCGCCUCACUCUCACACUGUGGAUCACAGGCUUCUCCUCCUCCAGGCACCCCUCUUGCCUCAACUCCCUCAUCCAAGCCCAGUGUUCUCCCUUCUCCCUCUGCAGCUGCCCCUGCCUCUGUGGAGACCCCUCUAAAUCCUGAGCUGGGAGACUCCUCUGCUUCCGAGCCAGGCUUGCAGGCAGCCUCUCAGCCUGCCGAGACGCCAGCCCCGCAGGGCCUUGUCUUGGGACCACCUGCACCUCCGCCACCACCCCCCCUUCCAUCAGGCCCUGCCUACGCCUCAGCACUUCCUCCUCCCCCUGGACCCCCUCCGCCACCUCCACUGCCAUCCACCGGACCUCCUCCUCCACCACCUCCACCACCCCCUCUUCCUAAUCAAGUUCCUCCCCCUCCUCCCCCACCUCCUGCCCCUCCCCUCCCCGCAUCUGGAAUUUUCUCUGGAUCCACAUCAGAAGACAAUCGCCCUUUAACUGGACUUGCAGCUGCGAUUGCGGGAGCAAAACUUAGGAAAGUGUCUCGGGUGGAGGAUGGCUCUUUCCCAAGUGGAGGGAAUACCGUGAGUGUGAACUUGGCCUCAUCCAAAGCAGAUGCUGGUCGUGGGAAUGGACCCCUUCCUCUAGGGGGUAGUGGCUUAAUGGAAGAGAUGAGUGCCCUGCUGGCCAGGAGGAGAAGAAUUGCUGAGAAGGGAUCAACAAUAGAAACAGAACAAAAGGAAGACAGAAGUGAAGAUGCAGAGCCUAUAACUUCUAAGGCCCCAUCAACAAGUACACCUGAACCAACCAGAAAACCUUGGGAAAGAACAAACACAAUGAACGGCAGUAAGUCACCUGUCAUCUCCAGACGGGAUUCUCCAAGGAAAAAUCAGAUUGUUUUUGACAACAGGUCCUAUGAUUCAUUACACAGACCCAAAUCCACACCUUCAUCACAGCCUAGUGCCAAUGGAGUCCAGACAGAAGGACUUGACUAUGACAGGCUGAAGCAGGACAUUUUAGAUGAAAUGAGAAAAGAACUAGCAAAGCUGAAGGAGGAGCUUAUUGAUGCAAUCAGGCAGGAACUGAGCAAGUCGAACACUGCAUAAAGAAGCAAGCUAAGGAGGGGCAGGACUUGAAUCUGGAGAAAAACAAAAAUUCCUACAAACAACUGUUAACAACCCCCAAAACUUUUAAGCUGUAAGAAGAACAUGGAUUCACAGUAAGGAGGGAAAAACCGCCAACCACUGAAAGCCUUCAGACGUAGUGACUCUGGCAAUCAGCUGUCCCCUCCAGUGUGCUGCUUCUGUUCUGACCUUUACCACAGGAUGGAGAAUUGUAUUUGAGUUCCCUUAGCAGUACUAAACCCGUCAGGCGAGAUCACCGUGCAUUGAAAUAUUUUCAUGUCUAGAUGAGUCUGCACGUUUUCCAUAAUCCAUUGCUAAAAUAAAGAUGAGAAAGGCUUAAGAGGUUUUUUUUCCAGAGGGCGCUGAUGAAGAAUUUGAUUUAGUAAGUUCUGCUGUUGCAUUGUACAUGUUUCUCUCAGGUUUGUCUUCCUAUCAUGUUUGAUAUUGUGUGAACAGUUAAGAUCAUGAAGUGUGGAACAACCGGAAUUGUAUGUGCUUUCAAAGGGUGGUAUUUAUAAGAAAGGUCCUAAAAUAUUUAGUCCCACUUGAGGACUUUUAGAACGAUAGGAAGUCUCUCGGGUUAGCCUUCAUGCAGUUUUGUAGUUUAAAACAUAAAGUCCGUCCAGAAAUUAAAGAUUUAGAUGCCUUCCUAAAUUGUUACAAUGCUUUACCAAAUCUAUAACUUCUAUAUAACAAACAGUGGUCAAAUGUAAAACAUUCUAUUAUAGAUUUACUGUAGGUUUUCAACCUUUUGUAGACAUAUGCAUGUGGACAUUUUUAUAAUGUAAUUACAAUCACCACAAAGUUAGCUUUUUUAAAUUACAGACAAUGAUGCAUGUCACACUAAUAUGUAGUGGCCUUUUCAAGGCCUAGUCCCAGGGAAAAUAUUUUGUAGAAUAUAUAGGGAAGUGGGAGGAAGGGAAGGAAUAAUUUUUUUAUUUAAAGUUAAUUUCUGCACUAUCUUUUUUUCCUCAAUUAUCUGCAUGAAUUAUAAUGAGAAAUAUUUUGUGACUUUAAUCAGUAAACAUGUUAACAAAACCAAGUACUUAAUCUUUUACAUCAUGUCUUCAGCUAUUUGUAUUUUAACCAGCAAUUUCAAUGGUCUGAAACAUGAUUCUGAGCUUCAUAUGAAUUACACUGUGGAACUCAAAAAGUUUGAUCACUGAAUUUGGCAGUUAUCGUCACUAGGUCCCCACAGUGCUGCGGGUGUUUGGGUACAUGCUCCUGACUUGGAAGCUGCUCUUGAUUGUUGUUGUGCUAAAAUACAAGAAAUGUAAUAAUGGCGCAACCAGGGUCAUAGAAAGUGCUAGGUAAGGGAGACCAAUGAGGAGUUCUGCAGCUUUCUUUUAAUCAAACUAAAGUGAGGCUUCAGUGGUAGGAAAUGUUUGAUGCUGUUACACCCUGAGAGAGAGAGAGUGAGUGUGUGUGUGUGUGUGUGUGUGUGUGUGUGUGUACACACGCUCGCGUGUGCAUGCUCACACAUAGGAUAGAUAUGUUCCACCCCUUUAUGGAAAUUUAUAAUUGGCAAGAUUAAAAUAAAGGAGAAAUUCUAUAUGUUGUAAUGUUAGCUUUCUGGAAAAUGUAGGAAGUCAGUUUCUCCAAGCUCUCUGUCAUGAUUGCUUGUUAUUAAUGUGCCAUAUUUGCUUUGGAAUCUUUGGUUAUCAAAACUUCUACUAAAAAAUAGAAGAAGCAAUCCACUCUUCCUUUGCUUUCUAGCUGUAAAGCAAAGCUUGAUGAGAGUUGUUUUCUAAAUACUGCAGAUUGCAGUGAACACCACUGCAUAGACAUUUGAAUUGAGGGGUUUUGUUAGGAGUUUCUGUAGAUUAGAGUGUGAGGGAUGAGCGAUCAUAAUUCAACUCUAUGGCUCUUUUCCUACCCAGUAUUCAUUGUCUUGGAGUAAUAGUAAAGGCAUUAAAGAGGCAGCAAGCGUGCACGCUGUUCUCUAAAAGAAGUAGGCGUCUCAUUUACUGUUGAACGUUUGAUUGUGCUACUACUUUGAUCGUGUAAAUGUGUGCAUCCCUUACAAAUCUGAUCAAACAUCACUUUUCAUUCUGUUGCUAAAGUUUAAAUAGUCUGUAGUAGGUAGAGUACUGGCUGUACAUGGUCCAAAGUGAGACAAAAUGUAAAGUCAAACGCUAAGUCCUAAAAGAAGCUUGGUUUAUGCACUAAACGUUUUGUGCCUUGGUCUAAUAUUUAACACAGUGUCUGUAAAAUGACCAAAAAAAAAAAAAAAAAAGAGCCAACGUUGACUCAUGCUGUAUCUGUAUCCUCCAUGAUAGUAUGUUAUCCCACAUGACUAAAUGUGCUUGUCCCUAGAAGCUUAAAUGGACUCUUCUACACACCCACUGUCGUACAGGACAGUCAUGUCAUCGUUAGAGAUUUCAGUGACUACAAUGGGAAACAAGCUUGAGUUAUUUUCCCAAAACUGUUUCUUGGAACCACAUUGUGAUGAUGGGUUCCUGCUUCUGUGUGUUGAACGUCUUCAGCUGAGUGCAGUUUAGGGAUCCUCUCUGAUGACAGGAAGGCACUGCUCUCCUCAACACUGUGACCUGACCUGCGACAACUCUACAUACACUCUGUGAAUGGCUAGCAAGUCAGUAGCAAGCAAACUGAAUGUACAAACUUUAGCGUGGUGCUGAAAUCUCUUCAGAAGAGUAACCAUGAUCUCAAAGCCUGCUUAAAAAUUUACAAGCAUAAUGUGUCAAUCAGAACUAAAGAUGAAACACUGAUGAAUGUUCACUUCUCAUGCUGCAGGCGUGUUUCCUGUUUAGGUUUUAAGUUCUCUGCUGUUUCCACCAUAACUGUUCCAUUUAAAUCUCCUACACGCUAACUUCAUUUGUGUGACUGAAAUAAAAUACAGUAUAUACAUGCUUCUUGUUUGUGACACUUAGAUGAUCUUCUGAAAUAAUGUGUUAAUUCUAAACCAAGUGAUGCUGGGUGUAAAAUCAGCACCUGAUAAAGCCCAAGGCUUCACCACUUACAGUUUAAACAUCAUACAUGUCACUGUUCUUUAAAGAUUUCAUCCAGGUCAGGAAUAGUAAAUAACGCCAAAGGGAGUGCGUAAUGAUCCAGCUGCCUUUUGUUUUGCAGUCAGUGCUGUGUGCUCCUCUGUCUUACGUUCUCUCAGCACAGCUUAACAAGGAUCUUUUGUAGUCAAGAUGGCGAAAAGUCUUUUACUCCAUUUUUUUGUUCUGUAACACAUAUACAUUUCACCUCAUUUACACAGUUCAUUUUCUCUUUAUGUAAUUUGCAUAUUAAGGGGUAUUGCCGAGUCAUUAACUUUAAAUGUAGCAGUCUGUACAGUGAUCUCUUUAGGUUGGCUGUAUGUAUAUAAGCCUCAGCACCUUUAUCUAUUAUAAAGUUUCAUUUUCGAA